AUGCCCUUAUUCGAAGGUGAUGGCGGAAAAAGAAGAAAACGGAUCCGUAAACCAAAAACCGAAGCAGGUGUCUCCUUCAGUCAAGCUGUCCAGCUGGAACAUCAACACAUCCUUCAGACCCCAUUGGCGCGACCAGCCAAUGAUAUACACCCAACCGAUCAUCCCAAUGAAGACUCAUCAGCUCAAGAAAACAACAACCAAACCUUAGAUCCCACUGGUCAGGACGACUUUGACUUUGGAGCUGACCACAUCGGAAACAACGAUCUGGACCCCUUCGAAUCUGCACACCAACAGGAUCGGUUACCAUCGGACCACCAAGACAAUGAUCAUCUUACCAAUUCUUGUGUUCAGCAACUACACCGAUACUUUCAAAGUGAACAUUACAAACAAAAGAAGAUCCUAGAAGAGAAGAAUUGGGAAGAAGCAUAUCAGGAAAUGUUCUCAUCAUUCCAGCAGUGCGCGAUCAAAACCUUCGAAUGGGGUAACCCAAACCUAUGGAACCAUGAUUGGAACGAGCCCUGUAAUUGUAAUAAUCUUCGAUCAAGACCAGUGGUCUUGGUAGAUAUGUACAGCAGAACACAAACCGAAGUCUCAUUUUGCAAAUGCCAGUCAGACCAGGUCCGCCUUAUCAGGAUGGGUUAUAUCGGAGGAUCACCAAAAUUCCCCAGAACCGCAUUUUCCAUACGACUCUUGAGAUUCCAUCAUAUCAUCUGGAAACACUGUGCAGUAUCAAUCACACCUUUUUCAAAAGCUCUGGACGAGUUCCUCGAUUCAAAUAACCCUCUCAUUCUUGUAUCACCACCAACUUUGCAAUCUGAAAGCUGUUAUACUACCAGACAAUGGAGGCAAACCAUCUCCGCAGCAAUUGAUGCAUACCGGGAGAUGAUCAGGCGAGGACAGAUCAUAUCGGAAGAGCUCUUACAGAUGGGACCUAUGGAUAAACUUGCGAAUAUUUGUCCAAAGUGCUAUGGCCCCCCAGUUCCUGGAAAGACACCGGACGAGCCAGAUUAUAUUGUAUGCAUGGACGGAAAUUUUCAACAUCGUAGACACCUUGCAGCCAGCCAAGAACUUCAUCAAUCUCGCAAGCCUAACACCCUCUUCAUUUCUCCGGCCGAGGUUCAGGAAAUGGAAUUGAGUAUGGUAUCCAGUCGAAACACAUUGGCAGCAGAUGAAACCUUAGACCGAUGUACUGAACAACACACAGCAGCCAAUGAUACCAGGGGGGCUGCAACAUGGAAGGCUUGUGAUGACACUGGCAUCUUUGGGUUGGGAUGUCGUCAUGACCAAAUCUUGAGGCUAAUCAACAUAGUUCAAAGUGGUGAAAAUGAAGAACGCCAGGGAAACCAGUUGAUGUUUGGAACAAGUGUUUUCCAUGCUUAUGUUCAUCAAUGGUCAUGUCAGCUGCAAUAUAACCCUAGGCUCAACACUGGAUGGGGGCUGUCGGAUGGUGAAGGAAUGGAGCGGAUUUGGGCUUAUUUAUCUCCUCUGAUCAGCUCCCUAAGGUAUUCGACCAAGACUCAUAGACUUGUGGCAUUAGAUCUACGGUCUUCCCAUCACAAUGAUACUGGUAAAACAAAUUCAGUCAGAUUGCUCUUAGAUCGUGGUAAACAGGUGGAAGAAGCAAUGAAAACUGCCCUUGAAAAACUUAAGGAAAUCGAAGAGGAUUUUGGUCACUCCACAGUUUACUUGGCUGACCAAUGGAUCCGACAAAGAGAGUGUCAACUAUCGGUGAUGGAGACAGAGUCUGAAAGAGAUAUGAUGAAACAAGUUGAGGAACUUGUUGAGUUGGAAGACCAACUUCGGGAUACACACGACACAAUAGUAUCAUUAAGAGCCAAACGUAGGCGUGAUCGAACCAGCGAGGAACAAAGGCAGCUUCAUGGACUACCGGACACAGUUGUAUCGUUGGAGGAACAAAUUGAUCAGGUUAUCAGUGAGCUUGGAUCUGAAGCAUUUCGAGGUCUUCCAGGUGCCUCUGAUGCAGAGACAAAGGCUCUAAUAAGGUUGAAAGUGAGCAAAUCCAAACUAUACGAGGCCAAAGUGGGGGUUUUGGAAGUCCAGAAGAGAUGGGAUCAAAGGGGAUCAGGUACACGCAUGCAAGCUAGGUUCAAGAAAUUGAUGAGUUCCAAGGUCAAGCUUCUGAAGAGCAAGUGGACAUCAUACUGCAACCGAGCCACCAUCUACAAUGAAAACUAUAUGCCAGAGAUCGACGUUGGAACACCUACAUUUGAAGAAAUCAAGUCAAUGGGCCUGGAUGAUCAUUUUUGGGAUAUGGGGUCUCUUUUGCAUCCAAAUGAGCCUUGGGCAAUUGAUCCAAAUGUGCGAGAAGGGAUUGAUGCACUCCUUACAUCCACCCAUUGCAAAGACGAGCUGCGAAGGAUUUCACGAGAGGCACGACAAGCAGUCAAGUGGGCUAUUGAUAGGUCAAACUCUCUGGAAAAUCUUUAUGACUUGUUAGACCCAGCAAACCAGCAAUCUGGUGAAGGAAGCAAUUUUUUAACCCAAAUCUGCUCCAAGCAUAACAUUCCUCAUGCUGUUCUGAAGUCUGUCUACUGCUCACUAGCCAAAAGUCACAGUCGAGUUUUGAUGACCUGGAACGCCAGCUGCUUUGAGCUCCUCGACUGGAGUCAACAAUAUCAUCAAGACCACGAAGCAAAUGAUGAAAAUAUUCAACACCAAUGGACCAGAUUAGUUACUGAAGCCCAUAACACAUGGCAGAAAAUAACAAUGGGUACUUCUAUAGUGUUUGAAUUUAGUAGUGUAGAGGAACAGCAGGAGGAAGAUAUUUUACAACAAGAGGAGCACAUAAAUGAUACUCAUUUGGAAUAA